ACGAUAUCCGAUUAUUACCCCUCUGUUGAACCCCCACCAUCGGGUUCAAUCUUGUCAUUUCCUUCCACAAGCUCCUCCUCCUUCUGAAACCUAUAGAUAGAAAGACAUGACCGCUCAACAGUCGCUGCAGGGGAAAAAUGCCAUCGUGACCGGAGGGUCUCGCGGCAUUGGCAAAGGCAUCGCCUUUGAACUCGCCCGUCGUGGCGCCAAUAUUCUCCUGACAUACAACAGCUCCCGUGAACAGGCCCAAGAGGUCGUGUCGCAGAUACGGAGUGUCGGAGUAGACGCAAUCGCCGUCGAAGGCAAAGCAGAUGAUUUGUCCGCGCCAAAAACCAUCGUCGAUGCAGCCGUUGAGCGAUGGGGCUGCAUUGACAUUGUGAUCAACAAUGCCGGUGCUCGAGAAGACUACCCCGUCGAAGAAAUGACAUACGAGGCGUUUGAUCGCCAAAUCGCUGUGAACCUGCGCUUCCCGGUAUUUCUCAUCAAGGAGGCGACGCGCCAUUUCGGAAAGACACCGCGCAUUGUCAACCUUUCUAGUGUUUAUGCGCGGGAUGGGCAGCCGGGAUGCCUGGCAUAUGUGGCAAGUAAAGGCGCCAUGGAGAGUCUCACGAGAUCUUUGGCCAAAGAGUUGGGACAUAAGUACAACGCAACCAUUAACUGCGUGUGUCCCGGUCCGGUGAAUACGGAGCUGUGGGCCUCUACCCUUCGAGACUCCGAGGAGAAAGAGGAAUGGGAUCGGGUGAUUCAAAGUACCCCCGCUGCACCGCGGGUGGCCGAGGUGGAUGAUAUUGCUCAGAUUGUCGCGUUUCUCUCCGAAGAAGGGAGUAGAUGGACUACGGGGAGCUUGAUCAAUGCCAACGGAGGGCUCAUGUUUGUUUAAUAACGGACCUGGCUGUGCCUAAACCUGGGCAUGCAUGUUUCAAACAUGGAACUGGGCUAUACCAGAGAGGCUCGCGUUCACGGGAUGAAUCACGCCAGAUAGUCUAUAACGAGGAUAAGUCUGGAUGCGCCCCGAUGGAACUGCAGUCUAGAUAUACUCUGCCGGCAUUGCAUCACGUCGAUAACGCACGCCUAGUGGCAAUCGCAUAGUCAAGCAUUGGACAUUUUGGCGAUGCCAGCGUUGGGGGAGGCGUGCGAUGUUUGAAGUGCUAAUUCUAGCUCUGGAAUUCUCCUUUUCCCGGGGCGAUUGUAGCGGUCCUCGCGACGUCUCA